GGGAUCAGGCGCUCGAUAUAGGCACCUUGGGCAGUCGGGAUCCCAAGAGCCCUCGCGGCGCCGGGGUCCUCGCAGGCGCAGCCGGGAGGCCGCACGUGCUGGGAGCAACAUGCCUAAGUCCAAGCGGGACAAGAAGGUUUCCUUAACGAAGACCACCAAGAAGGGCUUAGAACUCAAACAAAACCUGAUAGAAGAGCUUCGAAAAUGUGUGGACAUGUACAAAUACCUUUUCAUCUUCUCGGUGGCAAACAUGAGAAACAGCAAAUUGAAGGACAUCAGGAGCGCCUGGAAGCACAGCCGGAUUUUCUUCGGCAAGAACAAAGUUAUGAUGGUGGCUUUGGGCCGAGGUCCUGCUGACGAGUAUAAAGACAACUUGCACCAGGUCAGCAAGAAGCUGAGGGGUGAAGUCGGUCUCUUGUUCACCAACAGAACAAAGAAGGAAGUGAAUGAGUGGUUCAGUAGGUAUACAGAAAUGGAUUACGCCCGGGCUGGUAACAAAGCGACCUUCACCGUCAGCCUGGAUGCAGGGCCCCUGGAGCAGUUCCCCCACUCCAUGGAGCCUCAGCUGAGACAGCUCGGUCUGCCCACUGCCCUCAAGAAAGGUGUGGUGACCCUCAUCUCUGACUACCAAGUGUGUAAAGAGGGCGAUGUGCUGACUCCCGAGCAGGCUCGAGUCCUGAAGCUGUUUGGGUUCGAGAUGGCAGAAUUCAAAGUUAACAUGAAAUACCUGUGGCAGGCUGAAUCAGGGAAGUUUGAGCAUCUGGGGGAGGACGCCGAGGAGGACAAUGAUGAUGACAACAGCUCCUCAAAGGAAUCAGAAGAUGUGGAGGAUGAUGACUGAGCAGGGACAGCACGGCUCAGGGGAACCCUCACAAGGGUGCAGGACUUUACCCUGUCCAGCCUCUCUGAGUGGCUGCCUCCCUUCUCUAAGGGAAGAGAGACUGACUUUGCAGGACUCUCAGGAGGGAGAGAGGUGCAGGGGCACACGUGACUGUAUUUUCAUAUAGAAUAAAGCCUUGUCCAUGGAGUGGGUGCACCUCGGCUCUCCCUAGGGGCAAAGGGAAGAAUGUGGCUCCUUGCUGUGAGGGCUGGCAGGGCCUGGCCUUCUGCCCAAAUGCUUCGAGCCCCAGAGGCUCAACAGGAAUGGAGGUGACUGUCCUGGUGCUUCUCUCAGCCCCGCUCGCUUCCCCCUGCUCCAGACGUCUGUGAUAGAAAUUGGGAUUUUGGAAGUUGCGGCCCCUGGUACCACUGCAUGAAGUGGUCAGCUGUAGGAAGGACAAAGGGGCUGGGGCAGCUAGGACCCUGAGAGGAGGGGCCCAGUGCUCUCAGUUGGGUUCCUUCACAUGCAAGUACGGUCCAGUGUCCACAGUGCCAGAUAUCCUGGAUUGGUCUGUGAGGUGGAGACAAUAAGAGCCGUGCUUGAAACAUCAGUGCUUGCCUUAGCUCUAGGCCCUAGGGGAGCAAGCACGCCAUCUCAACUUUACCACCCCCCGCAAUGCUAACUCACAUUUAUAUAGCACUUUUUGAAGUUUUGCAAAAUAUCCUCAAGACAUCCCUCUGAGAUGGGUGUGUUGAGUGUUAUCUCUGUUUUAGAGAUGAGGAAACUGACUCAAGCCCAAGUUUUGAUUGCAGAAUCCAGUGCUCAUCCCACUGUGCCAUGCUCUUUCUCACAGUUCCAGAGGCAUAGAAGGUGGUACCUGCUUGGGGCCAGUGAUGACAGGAGCACCAGACGACCCGCUGGGGGUGCCAUUCUCAACAGCCCCUGGGCUCAGAAUGUUGCGGUCUCGAGGCCACAUGUGGCCCUCAAGGUUCUCAAGGAAAGGACUGCACUUGAGGACCACAAAUGGCCUCGAGGCCACAGGUUAGCCACCCCUGAUCCUAGGGGGUCUUGCCCAUUUCUGCUGUGGCCCCUGUGGACCCUUUCUCAGAAUGUUUUUGAGUGUUCAAAAUUCCAGCCUCACAAAGGAAACCAGUCAUAUUGAAAUACAAUUAUCUAAAUAUUUUCAAACAGAUUAGGAACCCCCAGGCUAGGUUUCCUUUCUUUUUCCCAGCUAAAACCCCUCCAUCCUUAAUGCCUUCCCUGGAUUCCCUCCCCAUUUCCCCUGGCCGUGUCUUAUUUCUACACUGUUGUUUACACGUUGUCUCUCUGUGGGCAGGGACUGUCUUUUGCCUCUCUAGCCCCACAGUACUCAGCACAUAAUGAAUGCUUGUUGGCUGCCUGACUUGGGCAAACCAGGGCCUGAAUUGGAAAAGCACUUAGCCAGACCUCCAGCUGGGAGAACUUGAGGACCCAUGCCCAGAAGGAAGCCUGGGAAGCCUAAACAAGUGUUCAUACCCCCCACGUUCAGGUGAUGGGAGUGUUAUCUAUUCAGUGAGCCCCUGAGUUAGGAGAGCUGGCUUCCUAAUCCUGGGUCAGAGACCUGGCUGAGCCUCAUUUUCCUAUGCGGUAGAACAGAAAUGCGUGAUCUUCCCACAAGGACACUGGUAACAAGGGACGUCCUCACCAAGCCAGUGUUUGCAGUCGUGGCUACAAGUAACUGAUUGGAAACAGCACUAAUCCUGGGCAGAUGGAGAGGAUUUCAGUCAACAUUUGUGAAGCACUUACUAUGUUCCAGGCAUUGUGCUGAGUACUGGGGAUACAACAAGAGGCAAAAGACAGGUGAGAGAGCUCAGGGGGAAAUCCCGUGAGAUAAGCCCCGUUUUUAUCCACGGGUGCCAGGAUGGGGCUGUCCUAGGCCAGUUAGAGGAAAGCUGGUGCUAUUUGUGUGUUUUCUACCAGAGACUAGCUGGGCUAACUUCUGGGGCUUGACUGAGGACCCAAAACCAUUGCUCUGGGCAGGUGGAGAGUUCUGGCACUUAAAAGAAUGUGCGUGUAAAACCAUUAAAAAGCUUUUCGUGGUGCAAA